AUGGCUUCUCUGGUAGUAGACCCAAGAUCGGCGGUGGUACCAGCAGCACGAGGCUACUGUGCUGCUCUGCAAUACGUGCUGAGUCAGCAACUGCUGCCGAGUCAGCUUCUGGUGCAGAUUCAGCAGCUGCUGCCGAGUCAGCAUCUGGUGCAGAUUCAGCAGCUGCUGCCGAGUCAGCAGAUGCGGUUCCUCGUUAUAGCAGGCGCGGCAGAGGGAGUAACAGCAGGAGGAGACGUAGGGACAACAGGAGGAACAGGGGGAGUGAGGGGGAGAAAGAGGGAGUUUUCGGUGCUGGCGACGCAUGGGCAUGUGAGGGAUGUGCCUAACAAGGUGGAUGCUGUCUCGCCCGAAGCUGAUUUUGCCAUUGAUUGGAGAAUCUUGCCCCAGGCCGUGCCGCACUUCCGAGCCAUUGCUCUAGCUGCGUUCAGGGAGUCGUGUUGGCUACAGAUGCGGACAGGGAGGGGGAGGCGAUUGCGUGGCACGUAUACCAACUACUCAAGGGGGUUGGCUACUGCUGGUGGUGCUGGCAUUGGCCGCUGGUGGUGCUGGCAUUGGCCGGCCUCCUCUCUUCCCUCCUCAUUUGCUCCUCCUUUCUUCUCUUCCUGCAGGUCCCAAGGCGUUGUGCUUGCUACAGACGCGGACAGGGAGGGGGAGGAGAUCGCGUGGCACGUAUACCAACUACUCAAGGGGUCUGCUGCGGCUGGUGCUGGCUCAGACCUCCCCUCUUCCCUCCUCAUUUACCCCUCCUCUCCCGCUCUGCAGAUCACAGGGAGUGGUAUUGGCAACAGAUGCGGACAGGGAGGGAGAGGCGAUUGCGUGGCAUGUAUACCAACUGCUGAAGGGGGCUGCAGCGGCAAGGAGGAGAGCAGAGGUGCAGCAGAGGGAGAAGGAGCAGCGGAGAGAGCGGAUGGUGCAACAGGUAUUACUUGUGACGCUGUUCUUAUAGAGCAGCAAUUGGCAGCAGAGGCACAGGAGGCAGCAGAGGAGGGAGGAGGAGCGGCUCUACAAGGUGCGGAGGGGUGGGAGGAAGAAUCCGAUAUCUUCUCCAGUGGAGCUGCUGCUGCAGAGUCGAGCCUCCCGAGUCCCGAAGCAGAAGGGUCGGAGGGCCUAGGAGGGCCGCCUAUUGACGCUGGUGGUGGUGGUGGUCCGGCCGCCGGAUCCAACGGCUGCGAUCUCACCAUCCACCGAGCCACCUUCCACGAGAUUACCCCAUCUGCUGUCCUCUCAGCCCUCUCCCACCCCCGCCUGCUCUCCCAACCCCUAGUCGACGCAUACUUCGCCCGCAGGGUGCUAGAUUUUCUCAUGGGCUUUAACCUGUCGCCUGUGCUCUGGAGGAAGCUUCCUGGGUGCAAAUCCGCAGGGCGUGUUCAGUCGGUGGCGUUGCGGUUCGUGUGCGAGAGAGAGGGCGAGGUGGCAGGGUUUAACGCGCAGGAGUACUGGACUGUUAGUGCCAUGGUGCAAGCAUGUCGCACCACCAAGGGUGCAGUGCUUGGAAGCUCGAAAGGGCUUCCAGAAAGGAAGCUGGCAGGGAGAGGCAGAGACGGAGGAGGAGGAGGAGGAAGAGGGGAAGGAGCAGGAGCAGGAGAGGGGAGCGAUGCACCUCUGUCCUUCCCAGCUAGACUCACUCAUCUUUUCGGGGAGCCUGUAGGAGGAGGAGCAGGAGCAGGAGCAGGAGCGAGACGAGCAAAAGAGGGGAAAGAAGUGAAAGAAGUGAAAGAAGCGAAACAAGGGAAAGAAGGAGAAGGAAAAGAAGCAGAAGCUGCAGAGGUUGAGGGUGGGAUAAGGGACGGAGAGAGAGCACUGGCAGCAGCAAUGCUGGUGGAGGGCAGUGAGCUGCAGGUGCAAGGCGUGCACCGCUCGCAGACCAGAAGGUCCCCUUCUCCCCCUUUCACUACAUCGUCCAUGCAACAGGAAGCAUCCUCAAAACUGGGGUUCAGCCCCAGCAGAACCAUGGCGGUGAGUGUGUGGUGGGGAGUCAGGGCUUGGCUUGGGAACGCGGCAGCAGCAGUACUGGUGGAGGGGAGUGAGCUGCAGGUGCAAGGAGUGCACUGCUCGCAGACAAGGCGCUCCCCCUCUCCCCCCUUCACCACAUCUUCACUGCAGCAAGAGGCAUCCUCGAAACUGGGGCUCAGCCCCAGCAGAACCAUGUCGAUGAGUGCUGUAGCCCAGCGGCUAUACGAGGGAGUGGCACUGGGCCCCGAAGCCUCUCGGGUGCUGCAAGGGAAGGGCGCGGGCGCCACUAAAGGGGCGGGGCGGAAGGGAUCUGGCGGAGGAGGCAUGGUGACUGGGCUGAUCACGUACAUGCGCACAGACAGCGUUCAGGUUUCCCAAACGGCGGUGGCGUCUCUGCGCUCCCUUCUGCAGCAGAAAUACGGCAGCAAACUCGUCUCUCCGUCGCCCCGCGUGUUUGCCUCCAAGGCGAGGAACGCCCAGGAGGCACAUGAAGCAAUCAGACCGACUCAUCCACACCUGCUGCCAGGCGAGGAACGCCCAGGAGGUACCAACCCACACCUGCUGCCCGGUAGGUACCAUGUGGGGUGGGCGUUUUCUGGUGGACUCAGAGCCUCCGAGGUGGUGUCUCGUCCAUCUGGUGUGUGUGGUCCCCAUCACCCCGUGUGUUUGUUUGCCUCCAAGGCGAGGAACUCCCAGGAGGCACACGAGGCGAUCAGACCGACUCAUCCACACCUGCUGCCAGCUCUGGUCAAGCCCGACCUGUCGGAGGAGCAAUGGAAGCUCUACGCUCUCGUCUGGGCCCGAUUCGCAGCCUCUCAGAUGGCAAACGCGGUCUACGACAGGGUAGCAGCAGUGGACAUUGCAGCACACCCCCCUGAUCCCUCCCUGAUGUCUAUUCCCGUUCACACGACAUGCUUUAUCAUUCCACUCUCUCUUCUCACCACCCACAGACCCUUCCGCUUCUCCCACUCCCCUAUUUCACCCAUCCCUCUUCUCCCUCAUUCCUCCCACUCCCCCCCACCUCCCCCCAAACAGGUGGCAGUGGACAUAGCAGCGUAUCCCCUCGACCCCUCUCUCGGUCUUUCUCUCUCGACCCAGCCGCUCCUUCUGCCUCUCCUCCUUCCACUUCCUUGCCUCCCUACAACAGGUGGCAGUGGACAUUGCAGCAUACCCCCUCGACCCCUCUCUGCUCUCCGCCUUCCAUUCUCAAGACCCUUCUGCUUAUCUUAUUCUCCCAACCCUCUUCUCCCUCCGUCCCCCUCCCCAACCCCCCCCCACCCACCACAGGUAGCAAUGGACAUUGCAGCAUACCAACUCGACCCCUGUCUGCUGUCUAUUCCUGUUCACACAACAUGCUUUACCAUUCCACUCUCUCUCUUCUCCCCCACACAGGUGGCAGUGGACAUUGCAGCGUAUCCCCUCGAUCCCUCUCUGCUCUCCGCCUUCCCCUCACAAAUCCCUUCUGAUUCUGGAGCUUCCGCUCUCGACCCAGCUGCUCCUUCCGCCUCUCCUCCCGCUCUUCUACGAGCCAACGCCUUUGCAAUCGCCUGGCCGGGCUUUCUCGCCGCAUACAGUGUGAGUGGCCUGGUGUGA